AUUUAAUCGCUUUUAAAAUGAAAUAGAAUAAAAGGACAUGCAGAAAGGGUUAAAUCACCUUCUCUUCUUUUCUCUGGUCCUCACUACCCCAAACACAUAUGGACAGUGUGAUUGGCUGUGCCUUUUUCUGCUGUUAAGUACUAACAGCUGUAGUUUCGGAUAAGAAGUGGAAGUGGGAAAACAAGGGGAUUUCCAGUCCUCCUUCACUGUGCAAGACGUGGAUAUAAGGAGCUACUUUUCAAAGAAAAAUUUUCUAGAGUUCAGGGCAGCAUGGGUGUACGGACAGGAGUUUUUCUCUUUUGUCUUCACGUUCUUUGUGCAGUAGUGCUUGCUGAUGUUUGGAAGGUGGAUGUAGAGCAUAAAAUGAAGGCUCUGGUCUCGUCUUGUGUGGUGUUGCCCUGUAACUUCACAUACCCUGUUCAUCAGCAGCAGCAGCCCUCUUAUCGUAUUAGAGGCAUAUGGCACAAGAUGAACAAAUGGGAUGACAUCAUCUUUUACGGAGACAAGACACUGGUUGAAGACAAUUUUAAAGGUCGUACAAGACUGAUUGGUUCACUUGGUAGUUUCAACUGCUCCUUGGAGAUUGAUGAAGUGAAAAACACUGACAAUGGCCCGUAUUGCUUCAGGGUGGAAUUAGAAACAGCUCCAAAAGACAAGUACUCUUUUGUGGAUAACUGUGUGUCAAUUACAACAAUUGAGGAAGCACCAAAACCUAUGCUGGAGGCUGAGACGUCUGUUCUUGAGGGCGAACCUGCAAUCUUCAAAUGCUCUGUCAGACACACCUGUCCAACCUACCAGCCCUCUUUUAGCUGGAACCGCGCAGGAAAAAUCAUCUCAAGCUACAAUGACUUGGGUCAUGGAAACUGGGAAGCAGAGUCUCUCCUGACCUUCACCCCAACAAAGGAGGACAAUUACACCUCUAUCGAAUGCACAGUCAAGUACCACGGGAAUGUCAAGGGUGAAAUGAAAGCCAGCCGCCCUGUCUUUGUUAAAGCUGAACGUUAUGAUGAUGAAAUAUCUGAAGAGAAUUCAACUUGCCAAAUGAAGACUGUGGACUUCACAUCAGGCUAAGAUAGAGCAUGCAUUCCUGUUACAUAUUGUGAUUCAUUUUAUGGCCAGCCUAUCAUAGUUUAAACCAUAGAAGUCAGAUCUAUUAGCCCUCCUGAAUAAUAAUAUAGUCCCCCUAUAUAUUUUUCCCCUUUAUUUUUGUUUAACAGAAAAAAAUAACACAGAGAAACACAUUUCUAAACAUAAUAGUUUUAAUAAC